AGACUUUCCAAAUAAAACGGAUCCAGCUGUGUGCCGCUGUGCGCCCUCCGUACGUCACUGCGCUCUGCUUCUCAGUCGAUAGGGCAGACAGCGGUGACCAGGAGAAGGAAGACAGAGGGAGAAAAAGAUGUCUGGUGUCAUGUUUCUAACGGCAUCUUUAAGUUUGUGCUUGUUUUGGUUGAGUGGAGGGUCAGCGCGGAGCGGGACGCUGAUCCUGCGGGACGCUCUGGAGCGGAGUCCGGUCAGUCUGAACGACAUGUUCCGAGAGGUGGAGGAGCUGAUGGAGGACACUCAGCACAUACUGGAGGAGGCUGUGGACCAGGUCUGCGUCAUCUUUUAUUCAUUCAGACCAGGGUUGAGUUUACAGCUGUGGCAGUGAAAAGAGUGACAAAAUGAUCGUAGUAGUGAUUAUAACAGUGGACUGGAGACAAUCGAAGUGACAUUACAUUUUAGUAAAUUGAGAUUCUACCAGUAGUCUGCUGUAGCUAUUAGAGGCAAGAUUACACGAAGUUUCCAUGUCUGCCUAAUGUCUGAGACACGUCAUGUCUAAAUAUGUGUCCUCACUGUUAAAACUUAGCUGUUAAAAGAAAUACUUACCAAACAGUUUCAGGACUGACAAACUGUUUGCAGAAAACCACACUAUACCAAGUUAUUUCUGACAGCCAGUAUACUCCUAGAAAGCAUCGGGGAUACUCACGUUAUGUUUCCCUAGACUAUACUAAUGUUCCAGCUGUCUGUGUCUGUUUUUAUCACUCGUGAUCUACUGUGAUGUUUUCCAUGUCAUCCAAGAAAUAAGGGUGGUUAUAAUCAGGUUUCAGGCUACAACCCAGAUCCAAAAAAGUUGAGACACUUGUACAAUGUCAAUAAAAUAUACUUUAAUGUUGGUAAAUUAUGUACAGCGUUUUUUUCCCUAAUUGUAAAAAGUGCAAAGCCAAAAUUUCAAAUAUUGAAAGUGAAAACAAAAUUAUGUUGUGAAAAAUACAUGCUGUUUGAAACAGAGGCAAGUUUAUUUGCGUGUUACUUUGAUUCCUCUUACAUGACAUGAAAUGUUGUCCCUCUCUUGGCUGAUACGAUUCCAGAUGUUCAGCAGUUCAGGGUCUCCAUUGUUGUGCUUUUUUCAUUCAUGAUGCACCAAAUUUAUUCAGCAAGUGACAAGUCAGGAGGACUUUAGGCAGGCCAGAUUCGCACAUGGAUAACAGAGCCAUGCUAUUGUUAUAACUGCAGAAUGUGGUUUAGCAUUGUCUUGCUGAAAUGUGAAAGGUUGUCCCUGAAGAACAUCUUGUCUGGGUGGCAGCACAAUUUGCCCUCAAAACCUGCUUUUAUCAGCAUUAGUUGUCUUUCCUGAUGUGCAAGGUCUCCAUGACAUCUGGGUGCUUUUGCAUCCCCAUACCAUCACAGAGGCUGUUUUUUCCAACUGUGCCUUGAUAACGAGCCAUGUGGUCCUUCUCCUUUUCAGGACGCUGCAAUGUCCAAGGUUUUCAACAAUAAUGUCAGACCACAGGACGGUUUUUAACUGUGCCUUAAUCUAUUUUAAAUGCUCCAUACUCAGAGAAGUUGCUGGCGUUUCUAGUUAAUGUUAAUAUAUUGGUUCCUACUUUGCAAGGUGUGGCUUUAACCUGCACUUGUGGGGACAGAGACCAACUGUGUUCACAGACAGUAUUUUGAGGGGGUUAUUGUGAUUUUUACUACAAAGUCAUGUCUGCCUCUCUGGAACACCAUUUUCAUAAACCAGUCAUGAUUUUUUUUUUUUAAAUCCUGCAGCUUUUUCAGGGAUUUUGUUUUUCUAGUUCCAACCUUAUAAAACAGUAUCAGUUUCAAUAUUUGAUAUGUUGCCUUUACACUGUUUUCAGCUGAAUAUGAAAAUGACCUGCCUGGGAAUCUUUUUUAUCAACAUUCAAACAGUGUUACAAUGAGCUGUAUAUCAAAAAAACGUCCAUAACUAUGCCCAUGUUAAGAAUUGUCCCUUAAGAAAUCUGUUGUUUGGAUGUAAUGCAAAUUCACAUUCAUCCUGACAUUCAAUCCAACAGAUAACUACCGAGAGUGCAAAAUCAUCUUUAUCAUCGCUGGAUCUGCUUCCCAACUACCAUAACCAGACGAGCAAGGUGAUAAAAGACGGAGACAGAGUGGUUCAGGUUCUGGAAAGAGUUGACAAGGUGGGCCAAUGUUUGAAGCCUUUUUAAGAGAUGAAGGUUUUGUCUCUCAUGGACAAAAGUUGCAAAAAAGGAAAAGGUCUUUCUAUGGUUGCUUCUCUGACUGAGUUCUGAUUAUUUGAAUUUUCUUUCUUUUUCAUUUAAAGGAAACAAAUAAUGAAACAGGAGAGAGCCAUCUUUCACACACUCGCAUGGAAAUGUCUGGCCUAUGGAACACUGUGAAUCAUGUGAGUCCUUUACUUUUCCCUGUUUGGUCUUUAUGAAUAAGCAGAGGAGCAUGGGCCUAAAGCACUCUACCAUGUGUUUCCUGUUAAUUGGUUUCCCUCCAUCCUGAUGCUGACAUAUGUAGAAGUACACAAAAUAACUUAUCAAGAUGUGGUUCUCAUUAGGUUGAGCCUUGGAGCGAGUCAAUGGUAGCGUACAGUUUUUGUUUUUGUGUGUGUGUGUGUGUGUGUGUGUGUGUGUGUGUGUGUGUGUGUGUGUGUGUGUGUGUGUGUGCUUGUCCAGCUGAUAGCCUGUUGACUCAUGUGUCAGGAAAUGUGUGUUGGGUUUUCAGGCAGAAAACAAAAUCCAACCACACGGUUUCGGAUAACAUGUUUUUUCUUUUGAUGUGUUGGCGCAAACUUUAAAGGGAACCCUUGAAAAAUACAAAUACAGAAUCUUUUUGUCUUUGUUUCUCCCAUUGCACUGAGCAUCCACCUGCUUUUAAUUCAAAAUUUCAAAUUAUUCAGGGUAUAAAUGAAAAGUUUCUGUAACUUUGUUGGCUUUGCAAACAUUUACAGUUUCUGUGAGAAGAGACAAAAUGGUGAUCUGCUCACUAUAAGUGUGGCUGUGCUGUCUCAGCUUGUUUUAUAAGGGAUGAGAUCAUCCAGCAAACAGACCUACCAGAUACUUUACUACUUUUCAUAGUUCUAGCCUACAGGAGCCGGUUUGGAUGAAGGUUAUAGCUGCCUGCUGCCUUUUUUUUUGCUGUUUUACCUCACAAUGCUGGUUUUGAUGUUUUUUUUUCUUUCCUGGCAGCUGUACAGUAAGUGGUUAUGUUAAUGGAGCCUGCUUCUGGAAAAAAUACCAGGGAAGCAAGCAAGCUGGCAAGCCAGGCUGACCUCUGUGCUCCUUGAAAAUGAUUUACUGUAAAGACAGUUUACCCUCCCAAAGUCACACUUGAAUUUUUAGAGACUGAGAGUAAGAUAGAACAAAACUGAUUGACUCAUAAUUUCAUAUCCUUUUUACUGUCAUUUAAAGAUGGAAGGGAUCAGACUAGCAGAGUAAGCAGGGUAUAUACUGUAUUUGGUUGAAAUAUCAAUACUCCUCAGGUGGAUGUAGUUAUCACAAUAAGAUUUCAGACAUGAAGGGGAUAAAGCUAUCAACAGAUUUGUCCUCAUUGAUAUUACAGUCUAAAGCUAAUAAAGAUUUAUGCCUUCACCUAUCUUUUCUUCACAGCUUGUGCAAUGAACUCAACAUUUGUAUUAAUUUUGUCACUCUCCUGUUGACAAACCAUCCUUGCUUAUCUUGUUCUUUAAAUGCUUGGGUUGUGUCGUCUGGCAGAAAUAUCAUCCUGCUGACUUUUUACAUUCAGAUGUCUUAUUUAUUGUGAAUAUUAUACAUUUAAAAUUGUAAUAAAAAUAGGCUAUUGCUUUAACAGCUUGGCUAACACCUACCCCUUGUUGCAGGUGGUCUUGUUGCUUUUAUGCAUACAGUAGUAAGACAAAAAUAUAAAUUUUGGUUACAUCAAAAAACUUCUCACUUGAGCUUUAAACAGCAGCUUUCAGAUAAACAUGCAAUGCAAAAUUCUUCAUACAGGAGAAUUCAAGGACAAAUAAAAAAUUAAUUUAGCAAUGAAAAAUGAUAAACACAAAUUUGCGAGACUGAAAAUAGCUCAAAAUACAACAUAAGAUAUUAUGUCACGUAACAACUCACAAACUUCAAGAUUGAAACUGAAAUAAAGUCUUUUAUAUCUAUUCAAUUAAUAAAUAAAUAAAGAUCAUCCAUUUUCCUUUUAGCAAAUGGAGCCUCAUAAUCACCCCAUAGACACCCAGCUGAUUACAGUGGCCCUGAAAGUCGAUAGCACAAAUAUUUUAGGAGGGCAAUAUGAAAAAUAAAAUGCAAAAAAUAUUCUAUAUGAACACAAAUAUAUUUCAAAAAACACAAAAAAUUUAAACAAAAAAUAUUGACAAAAAUCAUUUUUAGACACAAAAAUGUUUUAAAAAUAAAGAUUUUUUUAAUACACAUAAAUUUUGUGAUGUCAAAUUGUAUCUGUGUUCUAAAAGAUGUUAUGUUUUUAAAAUUAAUUUGUGUUUCCAAAAUAUUUUCAUGAUAACAAAAUUGAUAACAUGAUAACACAUUUUCAAAAUACUUCCUUAAAACCAUUUAUUUAUUUUCUAAAAUAUAUUUUUUGUUCAUGUCAAAUAUAUUGGUGUUCUAUGGGAUUUUUCUUUUUAUGUAAUGAAUUUAUUAUUAUUAUUUUUUUUCAACCUAAUUCUUUUUUAGCCCUCCUGAAUUAUUUAAACCACUGACCGUCAGGGCCACUGUACUGCUUAGUACAUCAAUAAACAGUGAAACAGUUUUGUAUUAGACCUUUCUUUCAAAGAAAGAUGAAGCAAUUAAAGGAAAACGAUCAGACACGACAUUCUUCUCUUUUAACAGAUUUUAGUAUCUGUGACAGAUGAGUUACUAACUACAAUCUGGAAAAAAAAAAGCGGAAUGUGUUGUUGCCAUAUGAAAGGAGCAGGAUAUCACCAAAAUGACUGUAUUAAAGAAUUGCAUGUCAGUCCCAUGUCUGGUUUGUUGUGCAAGUUAGCUUCCAGAUAAAACAUAAUCUAUGUCAAAAGGCAUUUUUUAGUCAUUUUUAAUUCAGCACCUAAUAAUAACAAGAUCACUACUGCCCAUCCUUCUUAAUUUUUUUGAAACUGUUUGGGCAUGAGAAAGGUCAUUUACAUUCCUUAUAUAGAACAUUUCCUUAUAUUUGGAGUUGAAAUGUUGUGUAGCCUGGAAGUAUGGAUGCAUGUAUAAAUGGAUGUAUGGAUAAAUGCAUGUGUGAAGAAAGAAAGAAAGAAAGAAAGAAAGAAAGAAAGAAAGAAAGAAAGAAAGAAUUUUUGUUUUUUUCCCAUCACAAUAAAUCAGCAGUUAAAGGUUUUCUCUGAUCCUUAGAUCUUUUCCUACCGUAGCACUGUUACAUCAGUACUAAAGCAAUUCAUGCAAAUAAAACUAAGAGGUAACCUCCACAACCUAUUCAUUUGUGUUGAAAGCAAUAUUCAUCUGUAUGUAUUCUCUGAUCUUGGCUGAUAUCCCUCUGUGUUUGACACUGUGAAUUUUACUGGCAGUGAUUAAAUAAUGUAAUUAUUUGUUUUAGUAAAUAUGCCCUCUGUACUCUGGUUUAGUCUGGUAAAAUAUGACACACACUUCCUUCUGAUGUUCUGUCAGUCCACCAAUAUUUUUAUAACAAGAACAAUGAAACCUUGUUGUUGCUCAUCUACUAUUUUUACUGCACACUUAUAAACAAAACAAAGCUGUUAAAAUUUGGAGAAAACUCAGAUGUCUUUGGGGCUUGGUUCUCAAACAGGCUUAAUUCAGCAACUUUUCAGUAAUUAUUUGUGGCUGUAGUGAAAACAGCUGCAUGCGUGUUGCAAUCUAAAACAUGAUAAUAAAAUUACUGAAGUGUAGUUUGUUGAUUUAACAGCUGGUGAAAGGUUGGCCUGGCCAGCUGCAAUUCAAGCAGAAAUCACACAGACAUGGAGGUUCAAACAGUCUAUUGUUCAGUGAGUGGAUUAUGGCACAGUUUUUUCCCCCCUCUUUAAUAAAGGACUGAUUCAUGGAAAAUAGUUGUGUAGAGUUAUAGGUCGCUACUGGUCUUAUAAAACUAAUAACAGCUGUGUUCAUCUGGAAUAUAUUUGGAAAAUUAUAGGGUAUUAUGAGUAGUAUGGUCCAUAUUUGUAGUUUCCAACAUCUCUGUCUUUCCAAAAACAUAUUCCAUCUCAUGAAAAAUACUACAAAAAAGGAAGCACUGUGUUUCUUUUUCUGCAAAUGUGAAUAUUGGCACAAAUAUGAGGGGAAAAUAGACCAUUUUUUGCACAUAGUUUCAUUGAGAAGACUGAAUAGCUCAGGUUGAGUACAAAGUGUUGACAGGUUCAUGGAUUCUCCUGAUGCAGGGUGUUAGUUUAGAAGGAAAUGAGAAUGCGCAAGUUAAGAUCUGUGAAUGGCAGCUAUUAUGAGACACCUCGAUUGUGCAGGUUGUUUGAAGCACUCUGUGGUGUCAUGUCCAGAGGGAGCGUCUACAAAGAUAGAGGCCCAAUAAAGUCAAAGAUCAGAAAUGGAGAGUUCACAGCAGGCUUGUGUUGCUUUUGGCAGACACUGCUUCCUUGGGGGAGGAGACCAAAUAAAUCUUAAAUAUCUGAUUAGCAUUCCAAAGUUUAACAAGUAAGGCUCAGCGAGUCAAAUUUAUGUAAAAGAAAAACACUCCAGCUCAAAUCCUUCAAAAGUGGUCCUGUUGUGUGCUCAGACAUGAAGUUAUUUCAAGAUAGAGACCCUUCUGUUUGCUGAGAUGUCGCAGAUGUCUGUCAGACAGUUUCCAUGGAGAUGGGCUUUAGCUGCCAAAAACCCAUCUUCUAAAACUAUCGACCUCAGAAAAAGGGGUGAGGGAGCUGUGGAUAAUUGCUGCAGUAAAAAAAGAAGUAAACUACAUGAUGACAAGAUUUAGUAGUUUAUCUCAGACCUAGUUGAACUCUACAAGUCAAAUGGUCAUUCCUUUGUCUUUGAAAGCAAGACAGAGAAGGUUGAAAAAUUAUUUUAAAAAUUAUUAUUAAGUGGAAAUACUGAUUAAGCAUUUCCACUUAUUGUUCUUCCCGUCGGCCAUAUUCUUUCUCUUUUUUCUACCCCUUAUACUUUUUGUUUUUUUUUUUACUUUUUGUGCCAAAAUUUUAACAUUGAAGUCAAUGGGGAAAUCUUCCAAUUCUUCCUGUUAUUCUUCCACCUUCUGAGCCUUAUAACUUCUGCAUACUUUCACCUAGAGACCUCAUUUUUGCUUUAAAAUGUUCAUUCACUUGUCGACUAUUACAGUUGUACUCAGUUUUUUGAUAUCUUUUACAGUUUUUCCACAAUUUAGCUUUAAGCAACUUGUGGUUCUCAGCAAAUUUCAGGCUUUAUAAUGGGUGUGUAUUGGAGAGGCUAGAGUGAUGAUUUAAAAGCUAGAGUGCAGACCUCGUCUCUGAUCGACAGAACCUUGCUCGAAUAUAUCGCUCCCACGCCCACAAAUCUCACUCCACAGCCAUACAAAAUACAUCAAAAUGGAGGUAUAUGUGUCCUGCUUCUCACAAAAGAGGUUUCAAAUCAUUAAAUCCUACCCCUUCGCCAGCAGGUGACCAACUGUCCAAAUAGGCGGAAAUCUCUCCCAUUAGCCCUAAUGUAUUUUUUCUCCAAGAAAAUCCUGAUCGUCACUCAGGCUCAGACUUUUUUAACUCACUGUUGUGGCCACAUUUUUCGGAGUACAGACAUGAAAAACACAUCAUUGUAUUCAUGAAGGACGGAGGAUUCGUACAAUGUUCUUAUUAUCAUUCUGGGAUUUAAAGAAAUCAUGCUAUGUGAAGAAGUUCAGAGGCCCUAAAUUCACUGCAGUUCAGCAGCUUCUCCAUUCAAACAGUAGGUCAGUUAAUGCCUUUGAUCUCACAGCUGUUUAGGAUAAAAUCAUUAACGAGACACACACACACACAGUCUGACAAUGUGCGUGUGUGCGUCACUGCCUAUGGCAACCAAUUAGCGCACCUGGAGACACACAGCUGACUGAAAAGCUGCUUCUAAUGGCCAUAUGAGAUACAUGAAGCCAGGCCAAGCCAAGCACAAACUUUGAGCUACAGAAACCAUUCUGGGCUUCAAAAAUUCAGCUCAUUGAGGACAUUAUGGGGUGUAUUUAGGAUUUUGUUAAUUAAUUGUAUCAAUAUGUUCAGCAGAGUCGUGGGGUUCUCACAAGCUCCUUAUCAUGAAUAUAUACAGAGGUUGACCAUCAGGGCCUAGCUGGAGAGCCAUUUCCUCAGCUUCAAGCCUCCUUACUCCUGUUGCAGUGUUACAUCUUCCUUCGCCAUGGCAACCAAUUAGUGCACCUGGAGACACACAGCUGACUGGAAAGCUGCUUCUAAGGGCCAUAUGAGACACAUGAAACCAGGCUUAGUACACAGAGCACUGAGUGUUACAUUUAAAAACCUUCACGAGAGCGCUUGCCAUCUUCAGCCCCUAUCUUCUCCCACAAACUUUGAGCUACAGAAACCAUUUAGGGCUCCAAAAAUUCAGCUCAUUGAGGACAUCAUAGGCUGUAUUUAAGAUUUUGUUAAUAAAUUGUAUCAAUGUGUUCAGUAGAGUCUUGUGGUUCUCAUAACCUCCUUAUCAUUAAUAUAGCUGUUACAGAGGAUGAGCAUAGUCUGGGAUUUUGUUUCUCAGCUUAGAAGCUCCUUUCUCCUGCAUCUACGGUCCCCAUAGCAACCAAUUAGUGCACCUGGAGACACACAGCUGACUGGAAAGCUGCUUCUAACGGCCAUAUGAGACACAUGAAGCCAGACUCAGUACACAGAGCACUGAGUGUUACAUUUAAAACCCUUCACGAGAGCACCUGAAAAUAUUCAGCCCCUAUCUGCUACCAUAAACUUUGACCUACAGAAAUCAUUCAGGGCUCCAAAAAUUCGGCUCAUUGAGGACAUUAUGGGGUGUACUCAGGAUUUUUAUUCAUUUACUUUUUCCCACUUUAAAAUUAUUCAUGCAUUAUUAAUGCUUUAUUAAAUUCUUCAAACAAAUCCAAACUCAUUCAAACUGAUUCAAACCUUUCUGAUACUUCAAACUUGUUUAACACUUUAGGACUUCUAAUUAUUCAAAAAUUUUCCCACUUCAAAAUCAUUCUCAUUAUUUAUGUAUGUUUUAAUUCGUAAAACAAAAUCCCAGUUCUACCACUACAAUUACUACUGAUAUCACUUUAACUUGUAUCUUCACUUCUACCUCCACUGCUCUUGCUUCUCUUAAUAUUUUUUUUACUUCUACUCUUACUUCCACCAUGAGCUCUACUGCUUUGACUUCUACUUCUUCUAUUCUAAAACUACUUCUACUGCUUACAUGACUACUAAUGUCACUACUACAACUACCUAUUAUCAUACUACUUCUAGUUCUUCAACUUAAACUUAUGCCACUUCUCACUUUUCUGUGUUUUAAGGUAAUUUUCUUCCUUAUCCAAUUUUUUUUUGCAAUUUCAGACAGUUUUUCUAGCCUUAUUCAGCAUGAAUGCAAUUUUAAUUUAUGAAGCACAUUCAUACUAUUUGUACUUCAGCAAUUUUCACUUUCAUCCAACUUCUACUUUUCUUUCUCCAGCUCUUUAACCAAUUUUACAUUUAAUCCUUCCUCAAUUUUUUUUUUUAGCAGUUUUGCAUUGCUUUUUCAGCUUUCAGCACUCAGCAUUUACACGCAUUUUCUGCAAGGAAAUGCAAUUUUUCUAGUAUUAUAAUAUAUAUUAUAUUAUAAUUAAUAAUCCCCCGCCCCUAAGUUUAGCAAGUGGAUCACCAAAGACCUUGGAAUUUACUGUUGCAUUUGAACUGCUUUCACCCAAGAGGGUCAUGAUCCAACAGCUUUUUGCGUAAAUCCACUGUUAGAAAAACAAAGAGAGAGAAAAAAGACAGACAAAAAUGCGCUUUUUUACUGUUAUUACAUUUAACAUAAUACUGUGCCACCCAGAUUGGAAAGACAUUGCAGCUUGUGAGGCUUAUGUGCUAUGAGGAGUUCAAAGUUCUCUAGUUAAUAUAUAUAAAACACAUAAGUAGCAGCUGCAAAUGAGUUGAUCAUUAAAAUAUUUUUUUAAUUGGUUCUUGUACAGGUACAAAUACAAUGAAACUAUUUUGCACUGCCAUGCCAGAACUGAGGCAUAAAUAAAGUUAAGUACAAAAAGGUAUGUACAUGCAUACUCUUAUACAUAAACACACAAGUUCACACAUCUUCAAAUGGGCCCCCUACCCACAUGGAUAAUUUAAUCCUUAAACAACAUCUGUUCUAACUGUUAACACUUGAUUGAACUCCAAACAACUCCAUUGGUUAGAAAAAGUAUUGUUACUGAAGUUAUUCUGAAUCAACACCAUUUCUGGGUUUCAUUUAAAAGCAGACUGAUACAUGAUAAAAAAUGAUUUGCACUGGCUCCCUGUCCACCUCCACAUCGAAUUCAAAAUCCUCCUCCAUACCCACCACUGUCUUCACAGUGCAGUCCCCACCUACCUCACCGGACACCUCACCCCACACACCUCAAUAAAACCACCGACUCUGAUGAUGCAAGGAGAAACUCCAAACCCUUUCUUUUUGAAAAUCUGUAUUUCAGCGCCACCUUGUGGAUGUUUGUUUUUGUGAAAGGACGUACAACAAGGCAUGAAUAUACUGUAUAUAUACAUACGCUAGAUGUCUUACGCACACUGUUGGCCAAUGGAGACCGACAUCCUGGCAUGGCGGCCAUUUUGCUACAGGACACUCCCCCACUCCUAACAUUCCAGUCUACUGUGCAUGUAGCAUUUAAAUAACCAUAGAUUGAUUCAUUUUAAACCGAUUAAACGGUUUGGUUUGUAACAAACCUCAGAGUUUUAGUUAUGUCCCUGCAUACUCAAGAAUAAUUUUAACCAUGGAUUUCCAUAAAUAAACAUUAAACAGAUAGGUAGAGUAAUAGCUAUAGACCUACACACACAAGGCAGUUAUAUUAAAUCAUUUAUAUAGAAAACAUUUAAUCAUUCCAUAUUUGUAAUAUUUCUGUUAUAGAGAUAACUAUAAUAAUAUAUAGCAAUAACAUUUAAAAAUAUUUAUUUUCAACAUAAAUUUCUACUUCAUGUUGUCAUUUUAGAUUUUUUAACAAACCAAACAGCAGAAAUCAUGUGCAACUUCAGUUAUGUUGAAUCUAAAGAGCAUUUCUGAUAGAGAGACAGAUAGAUAGAUAGAUUAGAUAGAUUAGAUAGAUAGAUAGAUAGAUAGAUAGAUAGAUAGAUAGAUAGAUAGAUAGAUAGAUAGAUAGAUAGAUAGAUCCCAAACUGUGAAAUUCAUAUAGAUAGCUGAUAGAUAGCUGAGAAACACAAGAACAUCCACAAUGACUGGCACUUAGACUAAAAAUAUAGACUGUCACACUCAUAUCUCUUAAAGAACUUUAGCCCUGACCAUUAAAGCUGAAUAUUUAUUCCAAUAAUUUGGGAAUUAAACAUUUCUUAUGCUUUUAACCAGAUAAAUUUUAAAACUCACAGAUGCCCCACAAAAAAUUAGACCAAACUUAGUAAGAGUAAAUAGUUUAAACUACAGGAACUCAAGCUAGAGUGUUUUAGAUUGGAUUGUUGAAAUAGAAAGAGAAUUCAUCUGCUGACUUUGGAGCUAAAACAGCGAAGAAUGUGAAAAUUCACAGAUGUGUAGUGAAGGGAAGAGUAUGAUGCUUGUCUCUCGAAUUUAGGAGUAAAAGUCAAACAUUUAUCUCGAAAAUAAUCCUUGUGUUUGGCACUGAUGCUCAGAAAUAUCUGCUAGGAAUAAAAUUAAUGCAAAGUCAUGUGUCCAGUGAGAAAUAUGUCAUGGUAUAUCUCAAAACCAACUCACAUUUUCUUCCUUUGUUCUUCCUGGUGUGUUUUGGAGGGAAAAGUCACAAGCCUGGGGGCAGGGCUUUAUAAUCUUGGGGGCGUGGCUUAUCCUGCACUGGCGACAGGAGAAUUUCCACCUAGCUAGGUUUCUGAUAUUUUUUACCACUCUGUCUAUCUGGUAGUCGUGUUUUGGUCUUAUUUUGGUUAAUUUAAAGAUGUAUGAUACGUCCAAAAUAAUGCAGGUGUUUAAGACCUUAUCCCAGGCCAGAGCUGGUUCAUUAAGUUGCCUGUCUUUCAGGAAACUCAUGAAUACAACACCAACACAUCACCACCCCUUUGAGUUAUUAAUUUAGGAAGCCUCAAUGAGCAGGAGUAAGUUUGUGAUUGAACCCUGAUAUCAUAAUGAACAGGAGAGCUCUGAUAAACCUUCUCACCACACUGCUCAGCACCAUAAAUGGCCCACAGACACAGUCUGACCCAGACACAGUUAGCAUCUGGCUUGUUAAGAAAGCAGAGUCUUGCUGGAUGUCUCCCUGGAGAGACAUUUGGAUGUUGUUUAAGAACAACAUAGCAGAAAGGAGAUAAACGUUGGACUUACUUGCCUGCAGCACAGUUCUUCAGAGAUACUCCUACUGCUGUGCAAACACAUUUCCUUUCAGUCUAUAUUAAGUGUUAAUCAGGGCCUAUGAGAGUCCCUGGUCCUGGAUUUGGGAGAAUUAGUGAUCUGAUCCCCUUUUUACAAGCUCUUUAUCUUGAGAUACCUGGGAAAGCUGCUGAAUUUCUCCCUGAUGUUUAAAUAAAGAGAAAAAUACGUCAUUAUGAGCAGUUUGUCUGUUUUCAUGAAAAUGUCGGUCGAGUUUUUCUUUAGUCAGUAAAUUUUCACUGCUUUUGGGUAUCAUGGAAAGUAAUAAGUACAAAUUUCAGUCAAUUUUAAGCUUUAAUACACCGAAAUACUGAUAUUUAAAUACUAAUAUUUUAUAUACUGUCUGUUUUAACGUUUAGGUCAUGAGGAUCUACCAAAGUCUUCCCCAGGGAAUGAAUUCAGCACCCAUCCGCUUCAUUACUUAUCAAUCUGUCAACAGAGUCAUGGACUUUAGAGCGAUUCUUAUCUGUGAUGGAUGGACUGCUUAUAUCGGAGUGCUGAUUUUGGAGAUUUUUAAUGCAGGCCAAUAUAAUCAGAUAUUUGUUUUUUUGCUGAUAUUGGACCGAUAUCAAUAUCAGAUCAGGACACCCCUAAUAUUGACAAGACAGUCUAGCUGCAGACCUCCACCUCCACUGAGCGAAUCAUAAGUUAUUUGAAGCUUUUCAAAAUAAAAGCAAAUAUACCGGGAGUAUGUUUCUUUUUUUUUUACAUCCAAAGUUUACUCAAAGCCUUUUAAAUUAAAAGCGAUUAGACCGGGAAGUACAUAUUUUUUGUCUUGUAUGAAUAUCUUUUUUUUUUCUUGGGGCUUUAUUGUAUGUUUAUAAUAUAACUACGAUUUUUUUGUUUAUUCAUGUUUUCGACAAAGACAAAAUACAAAAUGGGAUGACCACUUCAAACAAACUGGAGCACGUGAGAAAUAACGCUACCUCGGGGCCUCUCAGUGGAGGUCUGCAGCCAGACCCCUCUCAAUAUUGACAGGCCUACAGUAGUUCAGAGUAUUAAGUGAGAGAGAAACAGACAAUGAGUCAGAGCGCUUUUAAGGAGCUUUUAAUUAAAAGCCUUGUACAAGAAACACACAGAAAGCAACAACAGUAACAGUUAACAUGACACUGGAUACAUAAUCUGUACAAUAGGGGUUCGCAAAACAUGCUUCAGAAGUUCAGAUACAUUACAACGUCAUCAUUAUCCUCCUCCUUAUUACCAUCAAUACAAUGUACAUAAUUCAUAUUAGCAUGAAAGCAGACCUAACUGCAGUCUUAACACAUUAAAAUCAGUUUGCUUUUUAAUCAAACCCAUUAUGGACUUUUGAAAAAUGGCGCUCAAAUGACAGCAUCAUAUCAACAUCAUUAUGCGUAAAGAAUAGAAUAUUCCUUGAUUGAUCCCCCAUGGGGAAAAUUUUUUAAAGCAAGGCUCGUCAGGGAUUUGAACCCAGGACCUCUCGCACCCUUAGCAAGAAUCAUACCCCUAGACCAACGAGCCAUAUUUCAAAACAAGUAUUAAAGUACAGUACAAAGGCUUUGAUUUUUGAGAUGAAGAGUGACAGCAAGUUUUGCCAUCACUGUACCAAAUAUUAUCAGUGUAGACUGAAGUGAGUUGCCACAAUCCUUUUGUAAAGACAAAGUUUUGAGGAUCAAUUUUCAGCCCCUCUCACUCUAGCGGUGAGGUCACGCACUCUAGCUGCCAACAUUCCGUGCAAUACACGCUAAUGUUAAAACCUGAAGAGGUCAGAAAAUCUUAUGACUGUUUGAAGUGUCACCGUGAGAAAAGUAUGAAUGCCAUGAAGUUGGUGAAUGAUUGAGUGAAUGUCUGAAGGUGUGUGAAUAUUUUGAAGUUUGAAUGAAGUUUCUAGGUGGAAGUAUGAAUGAAUGAGAAGAGGUUGAAGUUGACUACAUCUGAAGCCCUUUUCCAAUUGACUCCCAUUAAAAUAAAGUUUUAAACAAAUCUUAAUAGUUUGAAAAGUACAAAUGGGAUGAGAAAUGUUGAAGAUGCGGAAUAAUGCUGACGAAUCUGUGAAUAUUUUGAUUUUUGAAUGAAGUUUCUACCUGGAAGUAUAGAGGAGUUGAAGGCUUUUGAAGUUGUGUGAAGAAAUGUGAGAAAAGGGGCCGUUUUGAACAUUCCGUAAUGCAUUUCUAAUGUGAGAAACCGGUCGGAAAACCUGGAAUAUCUUGGAAAGUAUGAAUGUUAGGAAAAUUUUGAAUACAACCCAGAAUGUCCUUAAUGAGAGGAACAUUUUGAAGUUUGAAUGGUUUGAAUACGUUGAAGUAUGUGGAAGUAGUUGAGGUCCAAAAAACGGUGUGUUGAAUAAUAAUAAUAAAGAUAUGGAUAACAUACAGUGGGAAUGCUUCGCAAUCCCACUCAAUAAUAAUAAAGAUAUGAAUAACAUAUAGUGGGAAUGCUUCGCAAUCCCACUCAACAUUUAUAACAUUAUAACAUUUAUUAACAUUUAUAACAUUUAUGCCUUUCUCCAUGUUUUAUUAGCAGUUUAGCAUUGCUUUUUCAGCUUUCAGCACUCAGCAUUUCCACGCAUUUUCUGCAAGGAAAUGCAAUUUUUCUAGUUAUUAUUAAUAAUUCUGGUCUACAGCUUAAAGUAGACCCAACUUGUCAAAGCAUAUUUUAAUAGGCACACUUAUUUAUGGAGCCUACUACUAUGCAUGCUUUACUCCACAGGUCUUUCAUAAAUGGUUUUAUCUCUCAACCCAGGAAUGCAUGGUGGAUGAGGACUGUGGUGAUCUGAAAUACUGCCUGUACGAGAUUGAGAACUCCAAGUGCCUCCCCUGCAUACCAACAGAUAUGGUGAGGACUGAGUCAGUGUUAUCCUUUGUGGUGUGUUGUUAAAGCUGCACGGAUGAAAGGUUUCAUUUCAACAUUGAUCAAGUUUAUUUACAAUAUGUGCCUGGAGCAAAUCCCAACAGACCUAUCGUCUUGCACUUAGCCCUGUGUACCUGAGAAUCUCUACACUCCUUGCUUGGUUUUGUGCUACUGUCAUGAUACAUUCUUGUUAAUUAAUUUUUUUCCUGGUUUUGUGAUGUUUUUUUUUGUUUUUUUUUUUUCUGUGUAUUUUUCCCAGUAUUUCUGUCCUCUGUGAUCCUGUUUUGUAAGGUUCCAAUUUGUCUUUGGCCCUUGUUUCCCUUGUGUUCUCAGUGUUUCAUUCUUUAGAUCAGUUUUCAGUGUUUUCUGUUUUGUUGUGAAGUUCCCUCCUCUUGUGUGUCUGGUUUAGUUUGACUUCCUGUUUUAUUUUGUAGUAGUCGAUGCUUGUGUUUCUAGUCUAGUUUUAGUUCCUCAGUUUUCCCUCCUCUGUUAAUCACUCAUGAGUUUUACCUGUGUCUCGUCUGUCUCACCUGUUGCUCGUUUCCCGUGUGUAUAGUCUCUGUCUUCCCCUCUUUCUUUGUUGGUUCAUGUAUGUCAGUGUUCGUGAGUCUGUUGAUGUCAGUGAAUGUGUGUUCUAUUUCAUAUCAGGUGAACACCCAACCGUAUGCAUCACUCUCUCUGACGGUGAGCUGUUUCAGGACGGAGAGGGUUUUUGCUCUCCAUCCCUUGCCCUGGCCAGGCCCAUCAGCAGGCUGAGCUGGAGCCGCAGGUGGUGUGUGAUCUGCCACUCGAGAAAGGGAGACAGCGCACAUGAAACAGGAAGUGCCCCGCGGAGCUUGAGCAGCUACAGCGGCACGUGCAGUCUAUGCAGGAUACCCUUCAGGAGCUGGUGCAUGCACAGCGUCCUUAAGGGCUGCAUACGAUGACCAGGCCAGAUCCUGGAAACCUGGAUAGGGAUCCAGAAGUGCUCUCUAUUGCAGCCUCUGACAGUUUGGAAGAUCUGCACGACCCCCAGUCCGAGGAGGAGGAUAAUCAGUGGCUCUCUGACUUGGGGGAUGCUUCUGUGCCUGAGCAAUUGGACCUUCUGAUAGAGCUGUGAUUGCGAGGGCGGCAGCACCCGCACAGCCGUCCUGCCAAGCUCAGCUUCCAGCUACUUCAAUGUUCGACAGGGGCUUACGGCGGUGCAGGUCAGAUGGGCUCCCUGUCCUUCUUGACUUUAUGUCCGAGGUGCAUGCAUCAUGGAGCACUCCUAGCUCUACAGUUCUUCCGAGGUUCCAGCUGGCCAACCUUACUGGAGCGGAUGCUCAUGGGGUGGCCACAGCCCCGGCCCUUGGUCAAUCGAUGGCAUCCAUGGUCCAGGCAAGGCGCCAAGUCUGGUUGUCGCAGUCUAAUCUGUCGGACCAGGACUGCAUUGCUGUGCUGGCAGUGGUGUCUGUAGAGGUCAUUGGUCCGCCCUGUGAGGCUUCCUUUGAACAGUCCCACAGGGCGAGGGAGCUGUUGCACUCUGUGAGGGAUGUACCACCCUCAGGCUUGCGCUGGGGUCGCGGGUUCUUUUCGGCCAGCUCUACGGCCUCCAGGGCGCCGCAACUUGCCACCCAGGAGUUCCCAUCGAGGGGCAAUCUCGCUUGCCAACGUUCCUUUCGUGAUGACUGCGGUGGAACCGCUCGCCUUGAGGGCGCAGUCAGACCUCAUUCAGCUGGUGGUCGGGACGUCACUGACAGUUGUCAGCCUCUGGCCUCAAACUUCACUCUUCAGCAACUUGCUCACUGGCGCCAGUAUACUCAGUGCCCUUGGGUGCUAAAUACACCGGAGUCAGGGUACAGACUCCAGUUCAGAACCAGACCACCUCCGUUUUUGGGAAUUGUUCAUACUUUUACGACUUUGCACGACAGGGCAGGUUGUCAGUCCCACAUGACAGAGGUCACGGCCCUUCUACAGAAAGGGGCAAUAACACCCGUCCCCAGCUGCGAGGCGCACAAAGGGUUUUAUUCAACCUAUUUCCUGGUUCCAAAGAAGGACAGCGGCCUGCGUCUGCGUCUUAUCUUGAACCUGAAGGGAUUCGAUCACUUCCUGAAACGCCUGCCCUUCCAUAUGCUUCGUCUGUCACGCCUUCUGUCAUCUGUAAGGCGCAGGAACUGGUUCACUACAGUGGACCUGCGCGAUACAUACUUCCAAAUUCCCCUACACAGAAGACACAGGAAGUACCUCCAUUUUUUUUUUCAAGGCAAUGCUUACAACGAGUACAAUGUCCUCCCAUUCGGUCUGUCCUUGUCUCCUUGCUCCUUCACAAAGUGCAUGGAGGCAGCGUUAGCCCCUUUGCGUCGCCAGGGGAUUAAUAUCUUGAAUUACCUGGACGACUGGCUUUCCCAGUGUCCUCGACUUGUCUUCUGGCAGUGGCAUGGUGGACCACUGCCCUGGGCCUCAGGGAAGGUGUUCUGUUGGGCCCGGUGUGUUCAAGGGUGACCAAAACUAUGGACGCCUCAAAGGCAGGCUGGAGGGCCCUAUGGGGGAACCACCCAGCCUGCGGCUGUUGGGGUCCCCUUUGGAGGGGUACUCACAUCAACCUGCUCUAACUGAAGGCACUGUAUCAGGCCUUGGUGCAUUUCUUUCUGGUAAUUCGAGGGAAGCAUGUGUUAGUCCGCACCGACAAUUCUACCGUGGUCGCUUACACCAACCACUAAGGGGGCCUGUGGUCAAGGUCCCUGCACGACUUGACACACAAAAUCCUCCUCUGGGCUCAUGCUCAGGGUGUGUCCCUGAAAGCCAUCUACUUGCCAGGAGUGGUGAAUGUGGCAGCAGAUCUCCUGUCCAGGGGAGGCCCCCAGCCAGGGGAAAGUGGCGACUUCACCCACAGAUUGUGAAUGCCAUUUGGGCUCGAUUUGGGGAGGCGCAGGUAGACCUCUUAGCCUCACAGGAGACCACUCAUUGCUCGCUUUGGUACUCCAUCAGUGGCCCCAGGGCCGAUUGUAUGCUUUACUCCCCUUUCCACUCAUACCACUGAUAUUGGCCAGGGUACACAUGAUGGAGGCCAGGGUUCUGCUUGUGGCCCCGAACUGGCCACAGCAGCAAUGGAUGGCAACCUUACAGAGGCUGUUGGCAGGGACCCCUUGAUGCCUCCCAAUCAGGCCAGACAUGCUGUCACAAGCUCAGGAAGAGCUCUGGCACUGGAAUCUGGGAGUUUACAGGUUACAUGCCUGGCCCUUGGACGGGAGCCAUCCUGUGCCUUGAGUCCUGCCAUUAUGGCUACCCUACAGGUAGCUAGGGCUCCCUCUACCAGAGCACUUUAUGCUGGCCAAUGGGAGCGGUUUUGCCAUUGGUGUGCGGAGACAGGCCAGAGCCCGGUCUCUUGUGGGGCACAGGGGGUCCUCUUAUUUUGCAGUCCUUGUUAAAGAGAGGGCUGACUGAGUCCACUUUAAGGAGCUAUGUGGCCACCAUAUCUGUUAGUCACAUCUCUAUUGAGGGUAGGAUGUUGGGCACGCAACCCCGUAUUGGCCAGUUUUUGAAGGGGGCUAAGUGUAUCAGGCCAUCACAGUCUCCCAUGGUCCCGUCAUGGGAUUUGCAGCUGGUGUUGUGAGCUCUGUCGGAGUCUCCUUUCUAGCCUUUGUCCAGUUUGGGGCUGGAGUUCCUUUCCCUCAAGACGGCUUUUCUUCUUGCCAUGUCUUCAGCGAAGCAGGUCUCUGAACUGCAUGCCCUGUUGGUGCAUUCAUCCUGUUUGAGGUUGGAAGAGGAGGGCUCUGCCAUCUCUCACCUGCCUAACCCAGCCUUCUUACCUAAGGUACUCCCUCAGUCUUUCACAGUGCGGCCCUUGGUUCUGGAGCCCUUUCACCCUCCACCACAUGACUCUGUGGAGGUGGCUUGGUUACAUUUGCUCUGUCCAGUGCGGUCCCUAAGGGUGUACAUCAUCUGUACAGCCCCAAUUAGACAGGCUGAUCAGCUUUUCGCUGGCUAUGGGGGCACCAAGCUGGGCCAUGCGCUUCCAAGCAGCGGUUAGCCAGCUGGGUGGUCCAGGCCAUAGCUCGGGCCUAUGAUGGUGCUGCAGUCCCUCCGCCCUUGGAGGAUGUCUGUGCGGCGGCCAGUUGGGCCUCUUCUAGGACCUUUGAUAGGUUUUACAGACUAAAUGUUGGUUCAUCAGUAGCCUCUGCUGUCCUGCAAGCAGGCGAGUGAGGCGUGUGGUCCCUACCAUGCUGAGACAUGGCUUCAGGGUUGGUGUUCACCCAGUGGCUUUGUUAUUGUGGACCUUCUUCUGUCCGCAGGUGGCCAGUAUUUUCUUUUGCCCCAGGUGAACUUGUCGGUCUUUGGCUGUUGUGUCCCAUGGCUUUAUUUGUUUCUUAUUUAUUAUGAUCAGUGAACGGCUGUCCUGAAUGUCUUUCAGCCUUACUGCAGCUCCUGCCUGACCUUAUUUGCUAUACUAUUGACCCAUACGGUGGGGUGUUGACCUGAUAUGAAAUGGAACAGAUGGUUACAGAAGGUAGCCAAGGUUCUAUGAAUAAAGGUCAACACGCCAGCUUGGUUUGUCAGUCAGUAGGCUGGUUUGGCCUCAGUCAGAGAAAAGAGACUGGGCAGGUGAUCGCGCAGCUGUAUUUGUAGGCUCUGAUUGUGCCCAUAGAACAGAGGUGUUCAUUUUCUAAUUGUCUCCUGAAACAGCUCACCCUCGGAGAGAGUAACCCAUACAGUGGCGUGUUGACCUUUAUUCAUAGAACCUUGGUUACCUUCUGUUACCAUCCGUUUCCCCCCUUCCUGAUGCCCUUGUGUUUUUUUCUCAGUGUCUUUUUGUUUAAUGGGAUUUUGCUCCUAGUGUUUUUGGAUUUAGAUUUGUUGGACAUUUUCUUUUUGAGUAUGUGUUUUUUGUUCCAAGUUUUAUCUUUUAUUAAAAAACUCUUGGAGCUCUGCUCUUGGGUCCUUCCCAUUUAGUUUUUGUUUGACAUUGUGGCAGUCACAAAGCUGGGUUCUCCAUCAGCAUCAAAAAAAGAGUUAGAAAGUACAGUUAAUACAAGUAGUACACUAUGUACACACAAGUAUAUACUCACCUACAAGCACUUAAAAUGAAAGGACAAACAACUUUAUGUCAUAGCAACUGCUUACUCCGUGUGUUCAAUGUAUUGAGGCUACAGAGAUGUGGCUUUAAUGCAGAUUUGGAGGUGUAACAUGUUGCAUGCUAAAUAUGAGGCUUCACUAUAAACUAUAUAUUACAACAGAAUAAUUUCCACAAACAGGCUUAUGACAGAAAGCGAUGGUUUAAAGUCUUGUUCAUAUUGCACUAAAAUGUUUGUUUUAACCCUUUGAAGCAUUUUCCUCAUCUUAUUUAUACCAGCACUGUUGUUUUUUCAUUUUAAAUUUAAUAUAGUUGCAGUCAUUUAGUGAAGACUCUGGUCACUGGAGGAAACAACAGCCUCAGACUACUCCUGUUCUCACAAAUAUUUGCAAAUACUGUAUGUGAGAACUGUCUUAUUAUUUCAAAUAGCCAAAUGUCUUAUGUUGAGGAGGAUGUAAGAAAGGGUAGAGUAUCUUGCAAAACUCAUAAAUGGCAUUUGUGUCUCCACUUAGCCCUGCACUAAAGAUGAAGAGUGUUGCUCAGAUCAGAUGUGUGUGUGGGGUCAGUGUACAGUCAAUGCCACCAGUGGAACAGAGGGAACCAUCUGUCAGGGUCAGAGUGACUGCAGGAUGGAUCUCUGUUGUGCCUUUCAAAGAGGUAAGUUUAACGACUGACACCACCCCUGACCCCAGAAUGACACAAAAUAAGAGACACAAUCACACUGCUGAUCUCAGUCAGUACUGCACUUCAUGUAUUCAUAAUGCUCAAAAAGGGAGUCAAGUUUAUUCAGUACUGGUCAAGUUAGUUUCAGAUCUCUAAUGUUAGCUUUAAAUUUCUUUUCCUGUUUCUACUAAAGCUAACAUUGUCUCAUUUUAAUUUGCAGUACUUCAUCCUUACUACCCUACUAAUUCAUGUUAAAGUGAUAUUCCGGUGUAAAUUUAAGUUAUGGUCAAACACACCAUAACACCGAGUUAGACACCCCCUCAAGAGAUGAAUGUUGGAGACUGCUUGCUUCUCUAGUUAUACCAACUUUAGUAACGACCGCACAAUAGCAAUACACAGCGGUCUACAUCUCCACGCACAAACCUCAACCAAAAAGCCACUCUAUAGCCACAAAUAAUGCUCAGAACAGCACCUAACUUCAUCAACAGUACAUAUAGGAUCCCAGCCAUAGUACUAGCCGUCAAACAUCUUUUUAGCUUUGCCUAGUUUCUUUAGCAAAGAGACCAAACACAACUCACCCACUCUCCUCCAGCUUGAAUGUGGGGGAGCCCUGUCCAGUCGAUCACCAAGCGCAGUGGAAAAUUGUAAUGUCUAUCUCUAAUAACGUAGCAAUAGCAUUUUUUUUUUUACAAAGGGUUAAUUCAUGGGUUGGAAAUUUUCAAUCCAACCUGCGAAAAUUUCUGGCAAUAAGUCAUGUCUUUGCUUUAACUUUGUCUGCUCAACUGACUGUACAAGUGAUUCUUGCCUUUCUGCUCCGUUCAGGAAAUCCAUUCUGCAGUUUGCAGCCAUGCAGUGUUAGGCUAGCAUUGAGCAGCACUCGGGCUAGUGAACUUUUCCAUACAACAUGUCUGCUGUUUGGAAAUAUUUUACAGUCGAAACACCGCAAAGCAAGACAGCAACGUGCAAUGUUUGCAAAACCAUUAUUUCGAGAGGCGGAACCUCUGUCCAGACCCACAAUACCACUUGUAUCUGUGCUGUGUAGUUUCUAUGAGGUAUUUUUUGGUAGUGUAUAUUGCACUAGUAGUUUAAUACUGUCUUGGAAUUUUUUGAACAUCAGUUUGAAAACCUUACAGUUGCAUUUUAGUUUUCAGGAUAGGAUUUUUACUGUUUUCAGACCUCAUACUUAGCUCAGGUUGCCUUUUUUUUGACAUACAUUCAUAUGUACAUAUACUUGCCUGUAGACAAGAGUUUAUUACAGCCUCAUAUAUAAAACAUACAAUCAUGAUAAUAAUGUUGGUAAAGCUAACAGAGCUCUGGUAUCGGAAUAGCAUCAGUCUCGGCAGAUAUCCAAAUUCAGGUAUCGAGAUUGGAUCAGAUAUGAAAAAAAAUUGGAUUGCUGCAUUCCUAGUUGCAGUACUGUUCCUGUGUGCAAUAUGAAAGAAACAGAAAUCCUGAUUACACCAGAAACAUACAGAGGAUUCAAAGAACUUAUGAACAAUUAAAAUUUUCAACAGUAUAUAUAAACAUGACUUAAUGACAAGUAUCUUUCAGUCUUAACUUUCAAAAAUAUGACAAACCUCAGGAUCUGUUGUUAGCUUCAGAGCUCUGGUUUGUGUGAAACAUGAACCCAAUGCCCCCUUACCCUAUUAGGGGUGGGUGUUGCAAAUCAGCAGCUUCUAUAAAUACCAUGAUAUUUGCAUGGAAUGGCUCCUCUCAGUUUGUCUAUCUGCCUCUGACAAAUAAACAGUAAAUAAAGAAAUUAAUUAAUUAAUUAAUGUGCACACCAUUCUUGAUUGUUUUCUGCACUUCCCACAGAGCUGUUGUUUCCAGUGUGCAAUCCCAAACCACAGAAGGGAGAGUCCUGUCUAAACAACCCCAACCUGCUGAUGGACAUGCUGGCCUGGGACCAAGAGGGUCCCCGUGACCAUUGCCCUUGUGAAGAUGGCCUACAAUGCCAACCUCAUGGGUGAGAGCAGACAUACAGUAAAAAUGAGAAUACUCCAAAAUAGGCAGUGUGAUAUUUGAAAUGAUUGAAGUGGAUUUAAUAUUAGAUGUUUACAUUUAAAAGAUAAUCUACAUAAAUCUUUCUCUCCACAGGCGUGGAUCUGUUUGUGGAUAGUCAAACUGAAGCUGGAGAGAGCAUGACAAAAAUAAACAUAACCCUUUCAAGGAACUGCACUGACAUCUGUGCUGUGUAUUAACCAAAGAGAAGCCCACCACGAACGUUGCCCCAGGACUGAACUUGCAGUGUUCUAAUUAUGCCUUAUAAACAAUAAUUGUGAUAUAUCAUGAAGCAAAUAAAAGACGUGUUUUUAGUUUUGACUGAGAACCAAGAAAAACUUAUUUGAAUGCGUUUGAGUUCAUAACACAUCUGGCCACAAGAGGGCCAACUUGGUCUCUUUUCUGAGACAAACAAACAGACAAACUUCUAGAUGAGACAACCACAUAGUUUUAGUACCUACAGAAAGUGGGCUCUAUCUUCCCCUCUCCUUAUCUCCUUCCUUCAUACUUACAUAAAGAAUAUAAUGUAAAACACCUUUUACAUACUUUGAUGCACUACCACUUUGCUUUUAUUUUUACUUUAUCUGACCAUAAUAGUUCUUUAAUUUUUAACUCUUAAUUGUUUUAGAAUCAUGCUCAAUGUUAUGAACAAAGUUUCUAAUGAACAACUUCUAUGAUUUGUGGAGACUGCUCUUAUGACCAUGUAGCAUGUGGACAUCUAUCCUUUGAAUGAAUGGCUUAGUGGGAAAUCCAGUCAGUUUCAGAAGUGUUCCUUUCCUGGUAUUUAUUAAUUAAAAACAUGAAAGUUUAUAUCAGCUUAUGUACUCAUUGUUAAAUAUGUUUCCAAUAAAUCACUUUCCCCUGCUGUUACUUGGGGUAGUAUGCAGUAAA